UAGAAUUUGUUAUAUAAAAUGAUUUAGUAAGGAAACUAUAAUCUAAGAUAAUAGGAUCAUUCAUUAUUUUGUAAUUUACAAAACCAUGAAGGUAGCUAAUUAAGCUAUGUAUGUAUCUAAAAUGGAUGCAUAGAUAGAGGGUUGGUAUGCUAAAUUUGCGCAACAACAGCUCAUAAAGAUCAUAAUAUUUAACCACUGACUAUGUUUUUAAAUACCUACAAAGAAAGCUGCUAAUUAUCAUAAGCAAUUUAAGAAUUGAAGAGAGAUUCUUAAAAAUUAGAGUUAAUAUAGCAAGAAUUAUCAAACUAUUUAGAUAAUUUCUCAUAAUCUUUAUAGGAAAUAGUCUUGUCUGCAAAAAAAAGAAUAAGUACUAAUAUAGAAUGCGAUAGAGAACUUAUAGAUAGUAUAUUUGAAGUUGAAUAAAAGCAUUUAGAUCAUAUAAACUAGAUAGAAUCAUAAAUGAUAAAUUAACCAGGUGAAGCAUAAGAAAAAAUUUAAUAGCUGAUUUCAAGGUUAAAAUACAAUAAUAAUUAAAAUGAUUCAUCUCGUUUUUAAGUUACUACUUUUAGAGAAGAUAACAUAAAAGCAAUUUUACUUUUAACCAGAAAAAACAACUCUAUAAGGAAUAAUAUACUAUCAGAAACUCCUAAGUUUGCAAAAGACUUAUACUUAUAUUUGAGGCAAAUAGAUUAAGCUUUGGAAGCUUAUGAUGCAAAAAGAGCUAAUUAAAAUUUGAAUAAUCAAUCUUAAUUGGAUAUUACUGCUACUAAUAGAAGUGUUUCACCAAUGUAAGGAAUAAGUUAUUCUACAACAGUUUAAUAAUCUCCCUAGCCUUAAUAACAAGGGACUAGUCCAAGAAGUGCAAGUGGUAGUAGGACAAAUAUUUUUUCUAGGUAAGGUCCUUCAAUUAGAAGUAGAAUGACUGAUGAUAAAUAAGAAAAAACAGGAGAAGAAUAACAACGAAUGAUAGCUUAAAAUGGAAUGUAAAGUUAUAAAAGCGUGAAUGCUAAUCCUAAAGAAAUUCUUUAAAAAAAUAACUCAAAUAGUGGAUCUUAAUCAAAUCUAAAUAAGCAAAAUUAAUAAUAAUAAAAUUCAAUCUUACCAGUAUCAUACCUUACUAGUUAAUAAAUGAAUCAGCCUUUAUCUUAAAAUUAAUAAAUAUCAUAAGAAUAGUUGCAACAAAAUGUUUAACUGAAUUAAUAACCGUAAAAAAUAAACAAUGAUCCUAUUUAUAUUUAAUAGUAAUACUAAAUAUAACAAUAACCUUAAAAAUAGCAUUAACCAUAACAAAAUCAGUCUGCUAUUUUCCAACCUUAAAAAUAAUUACCAAUUUAAUAAAAGUAAUAAAACUUAUCAUCUAAGUAAGAUAAUAAUUUACCUGAAUAGCAAUAAAUCUUAAGCUAAUAAAAUACAAAUAAAUAAUAAUUGGCUAAUCCUAGGUUUAUUUAAUCUAACUAAAUAGAAAAUUAAGAAUAAUUAGAAUAAUUAAAUUUAAUUUAAAAAUAAGUACCAUCAUCAUUAGCAUAGUAAAAAAUAAUACAUUCAUUUUAAAAUGAUAAUUUAAAUAGCUUAGAAUAAAUUGCUUAGUAACCAUUUAAAGAAAAAUAAGACAAAAAUAACUUAAGCUAAUAGCCUUAAAAGCAACUAUAAUUAAACUAAAUGCCAGAACUAAUUGAUCCAACAAUAGUUUCUGGUUCUGGUAAUCAUAAUUUUUCUAGUAGACCAAAAAAGAAUACUAGUAAUAGCCCUUUGCCAAGACCAGUAUAGAAAUUAAAUACUAAUUUACCAGCUCAAGAUUAAAAUAGUUAAGCCCCGAAAAUAGGAAGCCAUUCGAUGAUUCAAUCAAUUAAUUUAAAAGAAAAUGAGAAUUUGAAUACAUAGCUAAGCGAAAAUAGACCUAAAGAAGCCUCUGUUAAUGCUAUUACUCAUAAUUAUAUUACAAAAAGUGAUAGCAAAGGAAGAAAUUAAAAUAUACAAAUAGAUACUUUCCAUUAAAAUAUAGAUAUUAAUAAGUUUUUGUAAAAUUAAAUUAAGCCAGCAACUCCUCCUAAACACUCUCCUAAAUAAUUGUAGAUUAACUCAAGUUCUCCUUUGCAAAAUAAAUUUAACAUUGAAAAAAAAUAAUUUAAAAAUGAUAGUACAAUUAGGUCAAGCUAUAAUGUAAACAGUGCUUCGUUUAAUAAUGGAGGAGGAGGUAGUAAAUCAAAUUUAAAUACAAGUCCACAAUCAUAAAACGCAUCUUAUUUGGAUCUUUCAAGGGUAGCUUAUAAUUAAAUUUAGCAAAGCAUGUAAAUGUCUCACGAUGGAAAAAUAAAAUCAAUUGAAUUAAUUGGUAAUGAUAAAAUUGCAAGUGGAGGAGAUGAUAAACUGAUUAAAAUUUGGGAAAGAACUCAAUAUAAGCUUUUGAAUACACUUGAAGGCCACAAUGCAUCAAUAACAGUAAUUAAAUAUCAUAAUAUGAGUAGGAUUUUAGCUUCUGGAGGUGAUGACGAUCUUAUAAUUAUUUGGAAACCUGUCCCAGUACUUUAAAAGGUGCAUAUUUUAAAAGGACAUGAAGACAGCAUUACUAGUAUGGCUUUUUAGAAUGAAAGAACCUUAAUCAGUAGUAGUAAAGAUAUGAAGCUAAUUGUGUGGGAUAUUGAAAAAGGGUUAGGAAAAAAUAAAUUAGAUUAUUCAGAAUCAAUAAUUAACGAAAUUUCAAUUUAUAAUAAAAUGAUUUUAUGUGUAAGUGAGAAGUAUGUGUAAUUCUGGGAACUUAGUACUUACAAGCUUUUUAAAAAAGUAGAAGCUCAUGAUGAUACAAUAAACCAAAUCAGCCUCAUCCAUAGAAAAAGAAAAGCUCAAAUAUACAUAGUAACAUGCAGUAAUGAUGGGUGCAUUUAUGUUUGGGAUGGUGAUAAUUAGUACGAUGAAGUAGAUUAGAUAAAAGAAGAAUCUAGUUGGAGCAUCAAAUGCUUUGACUAUAAUUCUCAUUAUGAUUUGAUAGUAUACGGAUGCAACUCGAAAGUAGAUUCCCAAUCAAAAGUUGUUGUCUAUAGCUUGGAGCAAUAAAAAAUAACAUAAACAAUUUCACACUAUACUGACUUUAUAAAUUAGAUUAAAUGUAUUUAUAAAGAUAUUUACAUAGCUUUAGAAAAUAAUUUUAUUGACAAUGUAAAAAUAUAAAAAAACUAACCCAGUUUGGACUAUUGA